AUGACGCAUGAAGAAAACUAUAAUCAAGAUAUAGAUCUUGUAAAAAUCAAUGAUUCAUCUCAAAGCAAUCUAAUUAUUAUAUAUGCUCAUCAACUUAAUCAAUAUUAUCAUACAUUACUUGGUAAUCCAUUUCAACGAUUAAAAUAUUAUAAUUCAUCUACCGAACAAUAUAAUUUUUAUCGAACACCUGGUAUUAUUAAUUAUAUAAUAACAUAUUAUCUUCAUUAUGGUUGUUUAUCAACAGAAAUACAUUAUCCAGCUGAAAUUCUUUAUGAUGAACUUGUAUUUUUUGGUUUUAAUAUUCAAAUUAUCUAUGAUAUUAUUUCAAAUUGUAUUACUAUUGAUUAUUAUAUUCCUUCGGGUAAAUCAACAUUAUUAUUUUAUAAAUAUGUUAGAUUUUUAACUCAUACACAAAUAUAUAUAAAAUAG